UCAUAGAGGAAGCAGUUUUGUCGCUGGGAUAAGUUUAAGAACUACGUGAUUUAAGUGAACUGUGUUGUAUUAUUUAAAAACAUUGAAAAUAAGUCUUCAUAAGUCGACAAUAUAAGCACCAGAGGAAAAAUGUCUGAUGGAUUAGAUUGGGAUUCGGUGAUGUUCCACCUUCAUCAGGACCGCCACCUCAUGCAAGUCCAUGAGGCAUUUGUGGAUUUAUUCAGUGGACGUACUGCCAGAUAUAACACAUUAGACCCUUUUAACAGUGGUUAUUAUGUUCCGGGUCAUGAUGAUUUUGGCAGUGGCUAUGUCGAGGAUGAUGACGACUAUACAGACGAUGACAGCGAUUAUGAAGACCGUAAGGAUAAAAAAGCAUUUUGUGGGUUCCCCAGAAAUUUCCUAGAACAUGGACCACCAAGGUCUAGGAGUCCACACCCACCCCACCCACUGUACAGAACGGAUCUUCAAAAAAUUAUGCAUGAGCAGGCAGAAAAAAAUGCCAAAGAAUUAGUAGAAGAGGAAGAAAGACUUAAAGUAAAAGCAGAGAAAAAAAGGCUUAAGAAAUUGAGACAAAAAGAAAGAAAGCGUAAAGAGAAAGAAAAGGAGCAAAAUAACACUGAUAAAAAUAUAGAUGGUGACAAUCAUGAAGUAGAGAACUCUGUAGUGAAGUCUAAAUUCUCGAAUAGUGAGAGUGUAUGUGAUAAAAGUGCUGAUAAAGCUGCUGAUGCUGGACCCUUAAAGAAGACUCAAGCUCCUACAUCCGUACAGAAUAAGCCCCACAGUAAUGGAUUCUCUGAGGACGACGAAGAGGAGGAGUAUGAACAGGAGGAGGAAGACAGCGAAGUGGAAAGCAUUGGCAGUGAACUAGAGGUGCUAGAUAUGAACAGCUGUUUUGUAUCCAAAGCAGCCACAAUAGCAAAGCGUAAGCUGGAGCUCAAGGCCAAGCUGGAGAAAAGGGAGGAGAAGAGCAGCAGCUCGAGGAAGCCAGCUCUGAAACAGCAGCAGAAAUCACCGCAGCAGAAGCAGCAGCAGAAGUCACCACAGCAGUCUGGGCAAUGGCAGCUGGUGGAACCGCGCCCGAGAGGGGUGGAGCCACAGCUGCAGCAACAAAGGCCACGGCAGCACCAGCAGAAUGCUCAAGUGGCCAGCAUUGAGGAUGUUGAAAAAAGAAGUACUGAACUGGCAGUUAUUGGUAACCAGUUGGGGAAUUCUGGACGAUUUGAAAUGGCAGUGAUUUAUUUUACUGAUGCAAUAAAGCACAAUCCUAAAGAUUUUCGGUUGUUUGGGAACCGCUCGUUUUGUUAUGAGAAGAUGCAGCAGUAUGAGAAGGCCCUGAUCGAUGCUGAUAUCAGCCUGGCCAUGAGCCCAGGCUGGAUCAAGGGCUUGUACAGGAGAGGCCGGGCUCUCGCUGGGCUAAAGAGAUACUCCGACGCUGCAGUGGCCUUUAAGAGCGUUCUGCAGCUGGACAGAACUUCUUCCGAUGCUGCACAGGAGCUGAUGCGUGUGCAGAUAAUGCAACUAAUGGAAAUGGGUUUCUCGAAAGAGCAGAGCUCCAAUGCGUUGAUAAUCCACGGAACAGUAGAGAAAGCUCUGGAAGCCUUCUCAAAUAUCCAGGAUGAAAAGUUUGGUAGCAGUAGCCCCCCAGUGGCGAAUGCCAGUCAAUCGGCUGAGGAAGAAUGGGUGGUCGCCGGGCAGAAGUCCCAGCCCCCAGCCAACCAAGCGACCAUAGUGCCAACCCAGCCCUUAUACAACCCCAGACCCAAACCUCCAGUGAAGGCCAACUUUGUCAAGGAAGUAACACCAGAGCUUUUCCCAGUGUGGGUUGGAAACCUGGUCCCUACUGUAACCGGAAACACGGUGCACAGUCUGUUUAGCACUGUCGGGCCCGUUCACUCUGUCAAAAUGCUGCCAAGCAGGCGAUGCGCCUUUGUCAACUACACAAGAAAGGGCAACUGUGAAACGGCCAUCAAGGAAUUCCACGGUAAGGGGCUGGAGGGGGCUGUACUCUCCGUUCGCUACCCCGAUCGAAUCCACCCACACUUAGGGGCGUCUAAGUCGGCCAAACAGGCCACCGAGCUACCCCCCGAGGUUGUGCCAAAGUCCGUCCCCACGAUGCCAGGCGAGUGUGUCUUCUGGAGAAACAGCGGGUGCAUCAAAAAGGAGAGGUGCACCUUCCUGCAUAUUCCCAGCCACAAGGGCAUUGAUCGGGGGGGAGACAAGCUGGCACCUUGAGCUCAUCUUCCUGUUCCCUAUAGACCAGGUCAACAUCAACCUUCUGGCCCAUCUGAUCUUCAGCUCUUUCUUUUCCCUGAGGAAAAAAGGAAAAGGUGACAAUAAAAAGCUGCUUGGAAUGGUGUGCUUUCAGUGUACUAGACAACAGGCUUUAAAUCUCUGCAUUGGCCUACUUUGAUAACCAUUUAAUAUUUUCUUUCAUUUAACCGAGUGUAUUUAAUUGUGCCUCCAAGCGAUUGAAGUACUUUAAAAUGUAAAAAAUACUGAAUUUAGCAUGCCUUUUGGCCAGCUGUUUUCACUUAACGCUUUAAACUGAUUUUAUUAACAGCUGGCUUAGUCAGAUGUCAGGUUACUGUGGAAAUUGUAUGCACACAGUGCUGCGGCUAGGUUUCGGGUUAGGGAUUUCCUUGGGCGUUUGGUUUCUGAUAACCCAUGCAAUUACUGUGAACUCCAAAUUAGCAGCCUCAGCAGUCUUUACUGUUAACGUAUUAUCAAAGGGAAUUUCCAGGGCACUUCAAUAAAAAGGGUUACUUUUAAUGUGCCAUACCAUUAUUAUUUAGCAUUUAUAUCUGAAUGGUACUUGAAGUCUUAUUUCUGACAGUAAAGCCCCAAGACAUUUUUUUGUUAAGAACAGCAAAAGGUAUUUUGGAAAUGUAAAGUUGAAGUGUGUCUGUCUCGCCAAACCAACCAUGUCAUGGGGUGUAGAUAUCCCUUUAUACAAAGCUAGUAUUUUAUUCUACUGGAAGUAAUGCAGUUCACAUAUGAGAGCAAAUAACCUUAUUCACAGUUUCACUGAAUGAUUGAGUAGCUAAUGACAAAACCUUAAGUUUUGAAGAUAGUUGGGGUCUGCUAAGGUUUGACUAUGUAUAACUUGCCUUUGAAUAAUAUUAAUAAUAUAGCCAGCUGAUAUUUUAUUCAUUUUUUAAUGACUUGGACCAAAAAAACCUUCGCAUAAUUUUUAUGAUCACUGUAAUUUUUAUGUUCUCUUUUUGGGGCAUUUUAAAUCCAAAUACUAUUAAACAGUUAGCCCUGUUUUCAUUUUACUUCCUGCUUCACAUCAUUGACAAAAAAGUUUGCAUUGCAUAAGAAAUGUUUGGUUCCCAGUAAAUUUAAUUGUCUAUUUCAGUACAAAAAUGCUUAUCAUUUGUUUGUGAUUAAUAUCUGUACUUAUGGGCAGUCUUAGCUUCAGCCUCAAUGGAGAAUUGAUAACUGAAAUUAUAAUAAUAAUAAUUUGAGUUGGCCCUGACUUAUUUGAAAUACUAGUGGUCAGUAUUAAUAUUCUGUUUAGAACUGUUUGCCACUUGAUGGAAACUUGAAAUGUUUUGUUUUUUAUUUUUAUCCCCCCUCUUGCACUAAAUGGGUACAUGUCGGUGAGUUGCACACACCGAGAUGAGACCUCAUUAUUAUAGACUGAAGUUCCAUGAACCUGUUUGAAGCCUCAGUGAUCGUGUCUAAUCAGUGAGCUACUGAUGCCAUGUUAUUUUUGGUGUCAUGAUGCAGUGCCUAACGAUUACUAAUAAUGGCAUUUUGCGUUUUCAAAUGUCAUGCCCUGUUUUUCAUAAAGCGCCAUGGAAUCACGCUGGAAACCUCUAAAGUCCUCUUCUUUAAAUGACUGAACUGCAGAUUAAGCCAUAUGAGUCAUUCAUUUAUUAACAACAGCCUUUGAAGACACUGUCUGGAUAUUUUAGGUGGGUUUUUCCACACACUUUCCCCCUAUGAGUUGUCAGUUUGCCCAUAGACUGCAAUAGGACUAGAGGUUCAAGGCGUCCUUAAAUAUCUCCUGAAAAUCCACGGAUUACCUAACAUUCUUGAAAAUACAUUGGGGAUCCUGGGGAUUCUACACCAGGGGGGUGUCAAAUUGGGCUGCCGUCUCUGCUGGUUUUCGGGGCGUUUCAGCACGAGCGAUUAAUUUAAUUGGCGAAGGAGUCCAAACACCUUCUUUUCAAGAUUUGAAUUGGCUGUAGAUUGAAAGAAAACCAGAAAUAGUCAUAUAUGCUGCUGCCCUCCAGGACUAGAGAUUGGCUGAUAUAGACAAGUCAUUCCCAUAUUAGUUAUACUAGUCAUAAGGUCAACAGUAAUUCAGAUUUCCCCCCCUGUACUUACAUUAAUGUGUAAUUGGUAUUUGUGUGUGCCAGUUCAAUAGUCCAUUGAAAUCUAAAUGCUUGCCUUUGCUAUUAAUUACUCCUGCUUUUCCAUGGUCUCGAUUGAGGAAUGUUGACUAGUCUUUAUUUACAGUGAUUUCUUAAAAUUGUUUUUUGGAAGAUCUGUUCCCUAAUUAAGUGAUCAAUAUCAGCCACAGCUCCCAAGCAUAUUCAAUUUAUCAGUUUGCCAAGAGUGCCAAGUUUUUCCCCUCUAGUUUUCUCAAGAGUACUUCUUUUUAAAGGAGAAUUUGUUCCAAUAUAACUUGUAUACAUGUUCUGCCAAUAAACUUAAUGAAUGUUGUACUUUUGGAUGACUUUCA